UGAAAGGUGCUAUGUCGCGUGUACGAGUGAACAGUGCGCCAACCAUGGCCGGCUUACCUUAUACGCCGAUACUACUCAUAUGUGCCAUUCUAGGAAACGUGAGGUGUCAGCAGCAGGAUAAGGAUGCUCCAGAGUUUGUUUGCCCGGAAGGCACGCAGGGCAACGGCAAUUUCGCAGACCCGGCAACUUGCAGACGCUUCUAUCAAUGCGUCGAUGGGUAUCCAUAUCUGAAUAGAUGCCCUUCCGGAUUAUAUUUUGACGACAUUAGUAAGUUCUGUACAUUCAAAGCUGAAGCGAGAUGUGGACCGAUCGCCACAACACCCGCCCCCAUCACAGAAGCACCUUUAGACUUGGCAACAAAAUGCGAUCCAGCUGAAUGUCAGCUACCCUAUUGUUUCUGCUCCAAAGAUGGCACUUUAAUACCGGGCGGUAUAGAUCCAGAAGAGACGCCUCAAAUGAUCAUGCUAACUUUCGACGGGGCCGUCAAUUUGAACAACUUCGAACUGUACAAGAAAGUUUUCAACGGCAAGAUAAAGAAUCCCAAUGGCUGUGCUAUAAGAGGAACGUUCUUCCUCUCUCAUGAGUACAGUAAUUACGUUAUGGUUCAGGCACUUGCUCACGACGGCCACGAGAUUGCGACAGGGACGGUAUCUCAACAGCAAGGACUCCAAGAUAAAGGUUACGAAGAGUGGGCCGGAGAGAUGAUAGGGAUGCGCGAGAUACUGCGGAAAUUCGCUAACGUGUCCCGCACAGAAGUAACCGGCGCACGCGCACCAUUCCUGAAACCGGGCAGAAACACACAGUUCAAGGUAAUGGAAGACUUCGGUUAUAUAUACGAUAGUUCGGUUGGUGUCCCGCCGUUACCCAUCCCUGUUUGGCCAUACACGUUGGAUUACAAAAUUCCUCACGAGUGCAAAUCAGGAACGUGUCCGACAAAAUCUUUCCCUGGUUUAUGGGAAGUUCCAUUCAAUGCGCAUUACGUGGAAUCAUUCGAAGGAGGACAUUGCCCGUACUUGGACCAGUGCGUUUUACACAACCAUGAUUCUGACGAGGUUUUGGAAUGGCUACAAGAAGAUUUCAGUCGGUACUAUGAUCAGAACCGUGCGCCGUAUAUGAUGCCAUUCCACACCAACUGGUUCCAGAUCAAAGAAUUAGAACGUGGUUUACAUAAGUUCCUGCAUUGGGCAGCUAACUUGAAAGAUGUGUGGUUCGUGACAGUGACGCAGGCCUUAACUUGGAUGACAGAUCCAAAGUCAGCUAAGUCACUGAAUAAUUACGAGCCGUGGCGCUGCGACAACAGGGACCUGCCUUCCGCACCUUGCAACUUACCCAACAAGUGCGCUCUUUCCUUCAAGCACACAGACUCGAAUUUCACCGAUACCCGUUACAUGGAGACUUGUAGCGAGUGCCCAAAUCAGUACCCCUGGUUAGGAGAUUCUGGCGGCACGGGUAUUCCCGGUACAGACAACUACAUACCGGAUAAUCUCAAGAGGAAAUAA